AUGCAAAAGGAUGCGGACUUCAAGUUUGGUCCCAAGCAAUUAGCUUCCCAACAGGAUCUCAAGGACGCCUUACUCAACUCACCAGCGCUGUGCGUGAUCAACUACGACUCCGCAGCUCCAGUCAUUAUAGCGGUCAACACUUCAUAUAUUGCCGUUGGAUAUCACCUUUGCCAGACCGACGAGGCCAACACCCGACUUCGAUAUUAUAGCCGAUUUGGUUUGAUUACGCUUAACGAUCGGGAACGGCGAUUCUCGCAACCGAAGCUUGAGAUUUACGGCCUUUUUCAAGCACUCCAAACACUUCAUUUGUAUCUGAUCGGCGUUUGGAAUUUGGUGAUUGAGGUCGACGCUAGGUAUAUCAAGGGUAUGCUCGCAAAUCCCGAUAUCGCGCCCAGUGCGAGUGUUAAUUGGUGGAUUGUUUCCAUUUUAACAUUUCAUUUCACACUUGUCCAUGUUCCUGGGACGAUGCACGGGCCCGACGGUCUCUCGAGGAGACCACGGCAACUGGGCGACAUCGACGACGACGAUGACGACUUUGACGAUUGGAUUGAUAAGUUACACUUAUUUAUUCACCAGGUACAGACCCCUCCAUCUGCGUGGCUCCGAACUGUCUCUACGUACAAGCUGACCGAGGGCGGUCAAAAUUUCAAUGGGGAGGAGGAUGACUACAGCAUCGUUCCGAGAUCAAAUGCACUGCACAGCGCCGAUGAGAAGCUUGAAGCUGUUUGA